UUCUCCAAUGCUUUAUAACCCAUACCAUCACUUCUUGCACAUGCUGUUUUCCUAAGGGCAUCCCGACGAGCCCACUCUCCUCGUGACCAGUGACUUUUUAUGUGAAAAAGACAGUCACUGAAAUUAACCUCGCAUUCAUUCAUUCUUGACGCGACAAAAUGUAAUGAACCUCGCGUCUUACGAACUUUCCUUCGCGUAAAUUCGUUAAUCAAAAUCGAAUUGUUCGUUCCCCAAAUAGCGAAUGUAACUGUUGCUUCAGAAUUUUAUUUAUUUAAAAAUAUUUGAUAGCUAAGCUGAAAUGGAAGACUUGCAAAGCAAAUCUGCUAAAGAACUUGCAGAGAUCAUCAAGACUACUCACCGGACACUGCGGCACAAUUCCAUACACGGAGACGCUGACGCGGUGUGGGCGACCCACACGCGCGACGCGGCGCUGCUGGGGCGCUACGCUGCCGCCAUGCACGGCCUCGCUACGCGCCACUGGCAAGAAGACACAGCGAACUGUCGCAUGAGGUGGACGUACGAGGCCGUGCAGGAGUACUUCAGCGGCGGCGGCCUGGCGAGGGCGCGGCAGAAGGAGGCGCGUAAACUCCUGUACCUACUGCCUGGGCACGUGAUCCUGCCUUGUGAGGGGGGUGAGCGUAAACUCCUGUACCUGCUGCCUGGGCACGUGAUCCUGCCUUGUGAGGGGCCAUCACCGUGCAGCGAGCGGCUACGCGUGCUGGACGUGGGCAGCUGCUACGACCCCUUCUCCCGCUACCCUGACCUCGACGUCACCGCCCUAGACCUGCACCCUGCCACCGAGACUGUGCAUCAAUGCGACUUCUUGAACCUCAAAGUGGAAACCAACGAGAGUUCAUCCCAGCUGUCGGCCAGCAAUACGGUGGCCAUGACAAAUGAGGCGUCUGAUAAUACCGUACUUCAGGACAUCACACCUCAGACGCCGCAAAUUGAUCAAGAUAGCUUGGAUGAGCCUAAUAAAGUUGAAAGACACGAAGCUCGCGUCGGAGCGAUCACAAGUCUGCCAGCCAUGAGCUUCAAUGUCGUAAUUUUCUGCUUAUUCUUGGAAUACAUUCCAGUGGCGGAGCAAAGGCUGCGAUGUUGCAAGAUAGCAACGGAGCUCCUGAAGCCUGAAGGCAUCCUCGUCAUCAUCACGCCAGACUCCAAGUACGAAGGCCAUAACAAUUUUCUGUACAAGGCCUGGCAGGUGGCGCUGGCCGAGCUUGGCUUAGCCCGGAUCAAGUACCAGAAGAAGGAGCAUUUCCAUGGCAUGGUCUUCAGAAAAGGUUUGUGCCGGCAAGUUUGGCAGCAAGACUCGCAAAGAAUGCUAAACGAGAUUCAAGAGAAAAUGACAGCCGUGCGGCAAGAAAAAAGUCAAAAUAGAAGUCGUCGCGCCAAGCAAAUGAUGUUUCUAGAAGCGGCGAGCAUUUGUAAUGGUUUGGUAAUUCCCCAAGACUUGAAAAUGAAUUCGUCAGAACGUUCUCCAGCACACCGCAUUGAACAGCAUGAAAUUUCAAGAUCUUUUGAAGGCAAAAGAACAGAAAUGACGACAAUAGAGAAUGAAAGCGAAUCUGAAUUGAUUUCUGGACUGAACGGAAACAACGAAAAAAUAAUUACCGUCAAUAUUGAAGAGAAUGAGGGUGAAAUCCCACCCAUAUUGAAGAAAAUCAUCACGGACCAUCAAGUAGCUGAACCUGAAAUGACAACGAGCGCACCAGACACUGUAACUCGGGAGGCAACACUUACUUCAGGUGUUGCGGGAACAGAGAAAAUAGAACUUUUCAACGUUAAUAUUUCUGAAGAAGCAGAUAAUUUAAGAAAUGCUAGCGUGAAGCGCUGCGAGAAUACAUGUACUUCAAUUAAAAACUCGAGCUUCUCCACUCCUGAUAACGCCAAGAAAAGAAAGACUGAUACUGACGAUGGACUACAAAGACCGUGAUCAUUUGGUAUCUAUUAGCGGAUUUAUAUACUCCAAAUAACUGCAUCAGCUCCUGAAAAUUUUCGAAUAAAAUCUCCCUUUUACAA